GUGGGUUCACAGAAGCUUUGAAAAGGAUCCGGGAGACUGCAACCCCAGUGUGCUUUGCGCUUCACUCGUGGCCAGCGCGCCUGCGCUGGCUCGAGCAGCCGGUUACUUGCGUCAGCAGCAGUCCUGCUCUCACGCUGUGGUACCAGCCAGGGUUCAGAAAAAUGUGGGUGUUUGGUUACGGGUCCCUCAUCUGGAAGGUGGACUUCCCCUACCAGGACAAGUUGGUUGGUUACAUCACAAACUACAGCCGGCGCUUCUGGCAAGGCAGCACUGACCACCGCGGGGUUCCCGGCAAGCCUGGAAGAGUUGUGACUCUUGUUGAAGAUCCUGGGGGCAGUGUAUGGGGUGUUGCUUACAAGCUACCAGUAGGAAAAGAAGAGGAAGUAAAAACAUACCUGGACUUUAGAGAGAAAGGAGGCUACAGAACUACAACAGUCAUUUUUUAUCCAAAAGAUCCUACAAGAAAACCAUUCAGUGUUUUGCUCUACAUUGGAACGUGUGACAAUCCUAACUACCUUGGUCCUGCGCCUCUGGAAGACAUAGCUGAACAAAUUUUUAAUGCAGCUGGUCCAAGUGGAAAAAAUACAGAAUAUCUUUUUGAACUUGCCAAUUCCAUUAGGAAACUUGUGCCAGAAGAUGCAGACGAGCAUCUCUUCUCUCUGGAGAAAUUAGUAAAGGAACGUUUAGAAGGCAAAUAGACCCUCAGUAGCACAAA